AUGUGGGAAGCUGAGGUGGACUCCCAGAUGGUUCACACUCUGGCAAUCAGCACAGCGAGACCCUCUAAGCACCUUUCUCUCUCUCCUUCUUUCCAGCGUUGGGCGUUUGGCUCUUGGAUCAGGGAGAACAUCCGCAAGAAGGAAUGUUGCUUCUUUGAAAAAGAUACCAGGUAGGCCGAGCUGCUCUGUACCUGCGGUUACCCAAAAACUGAUCAUGUGGAUGAAGCCAUUAAGCCAGACGACUUCACUGGGGAGUCAUGGGACAGACACAGACAUGUUCGCGAAGUGCCCACGGAUGCUUUUGGAGACAUCAGCUUUGGUGGUUUGGGACAAAAGACAGGCAAGUAUGUGCGAGUGUCCGCAGACACCAGCCCUGAAGUCCUGUACCACUUGCUGACUGAACAGUGGAAACUUUCCACUCCCAACCUGCUGAUCUCAGUGACCGGAGGAGCCAAGAACUUCUAUCUGAAGGGUCAUCUCAAGAACAUGUUCCACAGAGGUCUGAUCAAAGUGGCACAGACAACAGGUGCGUGGAUCAUCACCGGCGGUACCCACACAGGUGUGAUGAGGCAUGUAGGCCAGGCUGUGAGGGACUACGCCCUAAGCAGCAGCUCCAUACAGGGUCAGAUCGUGGCUAUCGGACUGGCAACAUGGGGAAUAAUACACAACAGGGAUGCUUUAGUGUAUUCCGAGGGUUGUUUCCCAGCCCAUUAUUUGAUGGACAUCAAGGGCCAGGGCCGGCUGUCCUGCCUCGAUAACAACCACACCCACUUUCUGCUGGUGGACGAUGGGACCCACGGAAACUACGGCGCGGAGAUUGAACUGCGUAGCCGCCUGGAGAAAUGCAUCUCUGGAAAGCUUCUUGGAAACAAAGAGAGCGGUGUGACCAUCCCUGUGGUGUGUGUGGUUUUGGAUGGAGGUCCAGGCACUCUGAAUACCAUCUAUAAUGCCAUGCUGAAUGGUACACCGUGCGUGGUCUUGGAGGGCUCUGGGAGAAUAGCAGAUGUGAUUGCCCACGUCGCAGGACUGCCAGUGACCCGGGUCACUAUUGCCCUCAUUCACCAGUUGAUGAAGAAGUUUUUUGGCCAAGAGUAUGAAACCUUUUCUGGACUCAAGAUCAUAAAAUGGACCAAGAUGAUCCAGGACAUCAUCAGGAUACCACACUUGCUGACAGUAUUCAGAGUAAGCGAGGACAGUCACGGGGAUGUGGAUGUGGCUAUUCUUCAAGCACUACUCAAAGCUUCGAGGGCCAGCGAGUCACUGGGAAUCGAGUGCUGGAAGAGGCAGCUGGAGCUGGCAAUAGCCUGGAACCGAGUGGAUAUAGCUGAGACUGAGAUUUUCACUGAGGAGAGCCAGUGGAAGUCCAGUGACCUCCAUUGGGCCAUGUUCUCAGCUCUGGUUGGUAACAAGCCUCAGUUUGUGAGUCUGCUGUUGGAAAACGGUGUGAGUCUCAGGGAUUUCCUGCACGACGAGGAAACUCUGUGCAAUCUCUACAAACAGCUUCCCAGCUGCCUCUUCCUCCGCAAGCUGGCCAAGCGGGUCCACAGUUCUCGCCCCAGCAGGAGGCAAGCGUUCAGGGCUCGAGCUCACUCAAGGCAAGGCGAAAUGAUCUCCAUGGCUCAUGUAUGUGAUGAGGUGCGCCACCUGCUGGGCAGUUUCACCAAGCCCCUCUACCCUCCCUCCACCAUGACAUACCAAUUUAACAUGACUAUAGAGGAUACAUCUUUAUCACUGUCAAAAAGUCAGGCAGGAUCCCAAGCUCCAAUCAGGGAGGACAAUGCUGAAGCACAGAGGGACCCAAGCAAAGACCUUUUCCUUUGGGCUGUCGUCCAGAACAAUAAGGAGCUGGCGGAAAUUGCCUGGGAGCAGUGUAGAGACUGCAUUUCUGCUGCUCUUGCCGCCAGUAAGAUCCUGAAGAAAAUGGCAGAGGAAGGAAGUGAUGCAGAUGAGGCAGAGGUCAUGCAAGACCUUGCCAAUCACUAUGAGAAACAUGCCAUUGGUGUGUUCAGCAAGUGCCACAACAGUGAUGAAGAGCGGGCUGAGAAGCUGUUGGUUCGUGUGUCACCGUUUUGGGGGAGGACGACAUGCCUGAGGCUGGCACUGGAGGCUGAUGAUAAAAGCUUCGUAGCUCAGUCAGGUGUUCAGGCUCUUCUGACUCAGAUCUGGUGUGGUGAGCUUGCAGUGGACAACCCUGUGUGGAGGGUGAUGAUCUGCAUGGUCUUUUUCCCUCUUAUCUACACUGGCUUUCUGGUGUUCAGACGUGACGAAGUCAUCCAGAGAGAAACUGAGAGGAGCGAAGAGAUCAAGACGGUAGAGACUGUGACAGGAAGUACACUUAGAACAAAUACACCUGGCCUGUAAGUACACCCGAAGCCUCUGGGCAGCUGGUCCAAACUAGUCUGCCUGUACAGCUCUCCGCAGGUCAAGUUUUACUUGAAUAUUGUGUCUUACUUCGCCUUCCUCUUCCUGUUUGCUGUGGUGCUGAUGAUGGACUUCCAGGCUGCGCCCUCUGCGGGGGAGACGCUGCUCUACAUCUGGCUGCUCUCUCUGGUGUGUGAGGAGGUCAGACAGCUGUUUCACGAUCCUGAUGGCUUUGGGUUUCGUAAGAAAGCCAGGAUGUACAUCCACGACCUGUGGAAUAUUUUAGAUGUUCUGUCCAUCCUCCUGUUUAUUAUCGGCCUUGUAUUUAGGCUGACAUCUGAGCUGUUCUAUCCGGGUAAAAUCCUCCUCUGCGUCGAUUUCGUGGUCUUCUGCCUCCGUCUCAUGGCCAUCUUCACUAUCAGUCGAACUCUGGGACCCAAAAUCAUCAUCGUCAGGAGGAUGAUGAUGGAUAUGUUCUUCUUCAUGUUCCUGCUCAGUAUCUGGGUGGUGGCGUACGGUGUGGCCAAACAGGGCAUUCUCAUCCACAAUGACAGUCGGCUGGACUGGAUUGUCCGCGGGGCAGUUUACGAGCCGUACCUCAUCAUAUUUGGGGAUUUCCCCAAAAAUAUUGAUAAUACUGCAUUUGACAUAAACUCCUGCACCAUGAAUGGCACCGAUCCUCUGAAGCCCAAGUGUCCUGUGCUGAAUGAAAACCAAACACCAGCCUUCCCUGAGUGGCUUACCAUCAUCAUGCUUUGUGUUUACUUGCUCUUUGCCAACAUACUGCUGCUCAACCUGCUCAUAGCUAUCUUCAACUUUACGUUCCAGGAAGUGCAGGACAACACAGACAGAAUAUGGAAGUUUCAAAGAUAUGAGCUAAUCAGGGAGUACCACAGCCGCCCAGUUGCCCCUCCUCCUUUUAUCAUCCUCAGCCAUCUUUACCUCUUCAUCAGGAAAAUGUUGCUGUGCAAGCCACCCAUCAUAAGCAAGGAGUUCAAAAAUGAGCUUCCUCAGAUAGAGGAAGAUGAGCUGUUGUCCUGGGAGGCAUUGAUGAAGGACAAAUACCUGCUGUCCACACAGCAGGAGCAGAGCCAGAGCAUGGAGCGACGCAUCCUGGACACAGCCCAAAAGGUUACUACCAUAACUGAUCGACUGGCCCGACUAGAGGAGCAGGUCGUCCAUUCAAACAGAGCCCUGCAGUGGAUUAUGGAAAACCUGAAAUCUCAGGGUCUUGCCACAAAAGAAGCACAAUCACAGACAUCAACUACAUCAGACGAGACCCCUGACACUUCGAGAAACAUGUCAGAGAACGAGGACGGGUUCCAUGUGAACGCCCGUCAGUUUCACUAUCCGAACAGCAAGCUCACACGCUUCCCUGUGCCCGAGGAGAAAGUGCCAUGGGAGGUGAGCUUCAGCUCAUACAUGCCGACUUAUUAUGCCUCUGAAGACAGUGGGGACCACGUGGAUGGAUCAGAAUCAGAGGCCUUAGAUAAUUACAGAAACCCAGGAGGGAGGACUGGCAUCAGGGGACGAGGUACACUCAGCCAACUGGGUCCAAAUCUGAACGUAGAUCUUGUCGUCACACGCUGGCGAGACAGCGAGAGAUCUGUUUUGGAGUACCUGGCGGUUUGGGAUGAGCGCCAAGGAAUCUUGACUUUACCUGCGGGAUCUGCGCAAUCCGCCAAUGACCUGCCAGUGACGCUUAAGAGAACCAUGGGAAAGACGCUGUAUGAAAAACUAAAUGCAAAAGUAUCAGAGGGAACAAAGGUCUUUGAGGGCUAUGUGGAUGACUGCAGGAACACAGAUAAUGCCUGGGUGGAAACCACUGUCCUAAACAUUCACCUGGACAGAACAAGCCAGGUGAUGGUAGAUAUCAAUAAUAUGGUGGUGAGCAGCCACAGUGCUCUUCAGUGGCAGGAGGUGAGCGGCAAAACAAGACUUAGCUCAAACCAAAGAGACUCUCUGCGGCAGGUUGCUGAGCUGCACAACAGGAAGUUCUGAUUUUCACGCUGCUUCAGCUGUAAAUGUGCCUCUUCACCCUGAUGUUUUCUUCUGCCUGUUAAAUGUGGCCUUUUUUUUUCUUUAAAAAAAAAGUUGACAUAGAUGAAUUUAGUUGCACUGAAAGCACUUGUGAAAAAAGACAAGUCACUGUAAAUAAUC